AUGCAACUGCUGCAUCACUUCAUCCAGCCGCAGUACUUGGCCCAGCUUUGGGACCGGAUUGGCUUUUAUAUCAAGCAGCGUGGCCAUACUGAAUUUGAGGGGUGCCGCAUCUUCAUCACUGCCAAGAACCUGAAGACCAAGUCUCAGGACCCUGACUGGCAACAGGCACAGGAGAAGUUCUUCUCCACCUGGGAUCAGGUGGUCAAUCGGUCCUUCCUAGUCGAGGACUUCUACGAUGUGGGCAAAGAGGUCACCCCUCCUGAUCGUAGCUUUUCCUUCCGGCAGGCGUCUGAGGUGGCGCGGCAGCCCCUGACGCUGACCUGGCGUCGAUGCUGCUUGGAGAGCUUCCGUUGCUGGCUACAUGAUGUGGCCCGCGAGCUGGGAGAGGGGCAUGAGACCGCAUCUGCUACGGAGGAAGAUGGACCAGGCAAUCCCACUCCAACCACCCGACAACUGCGACCACGACGCCAGCCGCCACCAACUGUCCUGGUAGAGAUUCCGGCCCAGCCUGACGUGGAGAUGGAGGUGGAUGACCAUGGCUCGGAUCCCAGUGUGGCUUCACCACACUCCUCCUCCUCUUCUUCGUCUUCUUCGUCUUCCCCCACGGUUGCGGCGCCACCUUGUUGGUGGGAGGAAUACUACCCGCUGUCCCUCACCCAGGACCUGGGUAGUCUCACGAUUCAACCACACCUGGGCCGACGUUCCGCCCUUCGCCGGCAUGGCUUGCUCUAUAUCCAGCUUUAUAACACGUCCAAGGGGAUCUUUGCUGCUGGCAAUACCUACCCCUUUGCCAACCAUGCCCUGGACACACUGGCGCUGGAUCCGGGCCUGGUUCGAGCAUGGCAGCACAUCGGGCAGGCUCUGAGUCACUCACCACAGGCGAUCCUCCGCGCAUACCUUCAUGCCAAGGUCCGGUGUCAUACGGCACUGACGUCGUGCCGCAACCAUUCCUAUGGGACGCGUGAGGAAUAUCGUGUCAGUGGUCCUCUGCUGCAUUCCAUCCACCAGGUGAUGAGCCGGCGAGCCCAUCCGCGGGCCAUCAUGCCUCAGCACGCCACCGUCCCCUUUUUCAUUCAUCCCACGGCCCUCUUUCUGGACUGGAUCCGGUGGAAUAUGAACCGGCUCUGUCUGGGGUUUGAGCUCGUGUACACGCUGCAGUCUCACACGGUGGUGCACUGGGAGCAUACUCGGGUGAUGAUGAUGUUUCUCCGUGCAUUGACGUACACCUAUGGGGGGCCAGGGCCAUCAUCUCCGACACAGCAAUGGUCUGUGGCUGGACUGCCGGGUUGA